CCCAAAAUACUGGAACUGGAACUGGAUUUGUAAUUGUGGAAAGGGAAACACUGGCAUCCUGGUGUUUAUAAAAUAGUACAUUAAUAAAUUCAACAUUUCAAGAAACACUCUCGCAAUACGUAUAGAAUCAUAAUGAGUAAUACUGUUUCAGAGCAACUCACAGAUGCCAUCAAGAAUACUGAAGAUGGAAAAGCUAAAUUGAGAAAAUGGCUAAACAUGAACUUCAGAAUAGAAAUGACAGAUGGUAGAGUGCUUAUUGGAGUAUUUCUAUGUACUGAUCGAGAUGCCAAUGUUAUAUUAGGAGCAUGUUCAGAGUAUCUUAAAAGCGGUGAUGGUGAAACAGAAGAACCAAGAGUACUUGGUCUAGUGAUGGUCCCAGGUCGUCACAUUGUUUCCAUUCAGUUGGACGAUACUACACCACCACAAAUGUACUGUUACGAUGAGUGAUUCCUCACCAAUGUCCUUGGUUUUGUAAUUAAAUAUCCAUUUUUAGUAAUAUCUCUUAUUAGUUUGACAUUGUGUAUAAUAUUUAUA